CCGGCUCUCGCGGUAUUUCCGGGUGACAGACAUGGCGGCUGCGCUAUACGAGGGUCCCCGGUAACCGCAGUGAUGAGCCAGGGAGCAGCUGACGGGGAGCCCGAGGCCAAGGUGCUGCAUAUCAAGCGGCUGUACCGGGCUGUGGUGGAGACGGUGCACCGUCUGGAUCUCAUUAUCUCCAACAAGACGGCUUAUCAGGAAGUGUUUAAACCUGAGAAUAUCAGUCUUCGCAACAAGCUGCGGGAGCUGUGCGUCAAGCUUAUGUUCUUACACCCCGUGGAAUAUGGCAGGAAAGCGGAGGAAGUUCUGUGGCGGAAGGUCUAUUAUGAAGUCAUCCAGCUCAUCAAAACCAACAAGAAGCACAUCCACAGCCGCAGCGCCCUGGAAUGCGCCUAUCGCACUCACCUGAUAGCCGGCGUGGGCUUCUACCAGCACCUCUUACUCUACAUCCAGUCCCACUACCAACUGGAGCUGCAAUGCUGCAUCGACUGGACCCACGUCACCGACCCCCUCAUCGGCUGCAAGAAGCUGGUCUCUGCCUCUGCCAAAGAGAUGGAAUGGGCGCAGAUGGCGUGCCACCGAUGUCUCGUGUACCUGGGAGACCUGGCUCGAUACCAGAAUGAACUGGCACUGGUGGACACAGAGAAGUUAGCGGAGAGAUUUUACUGCCAGGCGCUGACGGUCGUCCCUCAGAUCGGAAUGCCGUUUAACCAGCUGGGCACAUUAGCUGGGAGUAAGUACUACCACGUGGAGGCCACUUACUGCUACCUGCGCUGCAUCCAGUCAGAGGUAUCCUUUGAAGGGGCUUAUGGCAACCUGAAAAGACUGUAUGACAAGGCGGCGAAAAUGUAUCAUCAGCUGAAGAAGACCGAGAACCGUAAACUAUCGCCUGGCAAGAAGAGAUGUAAGGACAUAAAGAGGUUACUGGUCAGCUUCAUGUAUCUCCAGAGACUGCUGCAGCCGAAGAGCAGCUCAGUAGACUCUGAGUUGACCUCUCUCUGCCAAUCGGUCCUGGAGGAUUUCAACCUCUGCAUGUUCUACCUGCCCUCGUCCCUCAACCUGAGCUCGGUCAGUGAAGACGAGGAGGAGUAUGAAGGAAGCUACUCCUUUCUGCCCGACCUGCUGGUCUUUCGGAUGGUGGUCAUCUGUCUGAUGAGUGUCCACAGCUUAAAGCGGGCAGAUUCCAAGCAGUACAGUGCGGCCAUAGCUUUCACACUGGCCCUGUUUUCCCACCUGGUCAACCAUGUUAAUAUAAGACUGCAGGCCGAGCUGGAGGAGAGCCCCGUUCCCGCCUUCCAGAAUGACAGCCCAGAUGAUCCAGAAUCCAGGGAGGUCUCCGAAGUGAAAGACGUAGAACCGGAGUUGAACCAGGUCAGCAAACAGCCACAGACGAAGACUAGAAACAAGAAAAGCCAGAAGUACUCUCGCCUAUCUUGUCUCAGGAGGAGGAGACACGCUCGGAAGGCGGACGAGAGCGACUUGAGCGAGGGCUUCGACUCAGACUCCAGCCACGGCUCGGCUAAGGGAAGCGACAAUUCAGAGAGCGCGUCGGAGAAGAGCGACGAAGAAGCAGCAUUUGACAUCGAGUCAGACUCUGAUAUGAACAGCCAGGAAUCCCGUUCUGACCUGGAAGACAUCGAGGAUGACCCUGGAGAUGAGGGAAAGAAUCUGAAGGAGUCUAAGGAGUCUCCCAAAUCCUCAGAGGAGAAGAUAGAAGUAAAACCUGUGAGCACUGCUAAAACAGAUAUCCAGGAGCUCCCUGCAAAUGGCCCAGGUCCCGCUACCACCGAAGCCAGCAUGGCCAGCAACCUUCAGGCCAUGUCCACGCAGAUGUUCCAGACCAAGCGCUGCUUCCGUUUGGCGCCCACCUUCACCAAUGUGUUUGUGAAACCUGUAGCUGAACUGGUGGCCCCCAGCUCCACAGAGAAAGAACCAUUAGUGAAUGGAGAUGUGGAGAACACCAAUAACAUGGAGCAAGGAGAAAUCUCUGACUCGGAGGGAAGCAUCGUGAGCAACAAAUCAGGCCACAACGAGAGGACUCUUCAGGAGAAACUGGAAGUUAUCACUAGCGAGGGACUCCUGGCCAGUGUCAAGAUCUUCCUGGACUGGCUAAGGACCAACACGGAUAUAGUAAUCAUGUGUGCGCAGAGCUCCCAGAGUUUGUGGAACCGAUUGUCUGUGCUUUUAAACCUGUUGCCGUCUGCAGCCAAGAUCCAGGAAUCUGGCAUCCCCUUGUGCAGCGAAGUGCAGAGUAUACUGCCGGAUUCGGAACAGCCAGACCUGACCCACCAUUUACUGCUCCCAGAAGACGCGGCUUUGAGGAACCUGCCACCACUGAAGGCCACACACCGCAAGGUCAAUUUUGAGAAGGAAAGGCCUGUGCUCACUGUUCUGGAAGAGUCCAUUGUCCGCAGCUGCUACAUUCGCAGUUUUGGCCAUUUCCUCACCCGGCUGCAGGGCAACGUCCUACAAUUCAAUCCGGACCUGGGGAUCUUCACCAGCCUCGCCGAAUCCCAGCAGGACAACACCUUACACCAAGCUCAGGCCCAGUUCCGCAUGGCUCAGGAGGAGACUCGGAGAAACCGUCUCAUGAGGGACAUGGCACAGCUACGACUUCAGUUGGAAGUAUCACAGCUAGAGGGCACCCUGCAGCAGCCUAAGUCUCAGUCGGCCAUGUCUCCAUACCUUAUACCGGACACUCAGGCUCUCUGCCAGCAUCUGGGUAUCAUCAGACAGCUGGCAAACAGCGGGCGCUUCAUUAUCAUCAUCCCCCAGACAGUGAUAGACGGCUUAGACUUUCUGAAGAAGGAGAAUCCCGGAGCCCGGGACGGCAUCAGAUACUUAGAGGCGGAGUUUAAAAAAGGAAACCGGUAUAUCCGCUGCCAGAAGGAGGCUGGGAAAAGUUUUGAGAGGAACAAACUAAAGCGGCAGGACACCGACGCCUGGCACCUAUAUAAGAUUCUGGACAGCUGCAAGCAGCUCACGGUGACGCAGGGCAGCAAUGAGGAGGAAACCGCGGGAAUGGUCACCAUUAUUACCGGCUUCAAGCUCGAUGACCCAGAAUGUUUCUCAUUCGCCAUGCAGUCCGCACUGCAGGCCGCGUCCGGCUCCAACAUCGAGAUAAAGAACGUCCUAGAUUUCUACAAGCAGUGGAAGGAGAUGGGCUGAAGUGGCGGAGAUAAGACAAAUGCCCAAAACAUAAACACAAAGCCUUCACACUCUCCUUCUGUGCCGCUGCCACCGCUGCGGCUUCCGGGAACAGACACGGCGACGAUUUUGAAACGACCUAAAAAAUGAGUCAAACUGCAAACAAUUUAAACCAGUAAGCGUUAAAAUAAAUAAUUUUUUUGGUGUCUUGUACGAAAAACACGCAGCUCUUCGUGUCCGUAAGUCUGUGGCAGCGGUAAUACAGGACUGAAGGAGUUUGCAGCUUCCGCUGGCGGCCGGGGCUGGAGGCGUGAGCCUGGCUUUCAUCUUCUGCUGUGUGGUGACCUUCGUGAUUGACGUGACCUUGGGUUAAAGGUGUCCAUCUACCAGACCUCUGUCUGAUCGGGACUGUACCACGGCGAAUCAUUCUCUUGUGUAGUUUGGUGAAUGGACAGCGCAAAUCCUCCAUCAUGCUUCUCCCUUCAUUGUCACCCCCCCCCUUCCCCCCACCCCCACCCCUGUUUCUCACCCACCCUUAUCAUUACCCACUGUCCUCUGUUUUCUUUCUUUAAAUUCUUGUCAAAUGGUUUUCCCAUGGGAGCAAUUUUAAAGGAUGCCAAAUAAAGAAAACAGUGCGAUUUUUAUUUAA